GCCGAUUGGUCGUCUUUGUUGGCCUUUGGUAGGUAAUUUUACUUGAGCGUCGGAAACUGUAAAGGAGAAGACGAGAAAUAUGUUUGGUUUGGCGACUCCCACUCUGGGAUCUUGGUCUUCCAUGAUAAUUCAGGUGUCCACUCGGACACAAACCCAAUAUGGUGGUGGUGGUGGUGGUGGUGGUGGUGCUGCUGCUAUUGCUAUUGGCAAAGGCUGUAGAAGCAGGAGCUCUUUUGGUAAUUGCAAUAAAUGCAGGGGAUUUUUCUCCUCCUCCUCCUCGUCUUCCUCUGUUAAGACAGCUGUCGCCGCCUUUGAUUCCGACCACCUCAGUUCCUCCAAUUCCGCGGACAAGCAACAAGCCAACAAAUAUUAUUUUGUUGUUGCAAACGCAAAAUUCAUGCUGGAUGAAGAGGAGCAUUUCCAGGAGCUCUUGUCUGAGCGGCUUCGUCUCUAUGGAGAGCGUAACAAAGAGCAGGACUUCUGGCUUGUGAUUGAACCCAAGUUCUUGGAUAAAUUCCCUAGCAUUACUAAGAGAUUACGAAGACCUGCUGUCGCUCUGGUUUCAACCAAUGGUCCCUGGAUCACGUUCAUGAAGUUAAGACUGGACCGAGUUUUAUCGGAAAGCUUCGAAGCUGACAGUCCUGAAGAAGCAUUAGCCUCUAAUCCUACCAAUCUAGAAUUUGAAAAGCCAGAAAAAUGGGUGGCACCUUACCCAAAGUAUGAAUCUGGAUGGUGGGAGCCCUUCUUGCACCCUGGAUCGAGAGAGGGGGUCAAAGUAUAAAACAUUUUUCCCUUUCUGCUAAGCCUUGUCUAUUUUCCUUAUCAAUCUGGAUUGUAUUGCUAACUAGCAUUUGAAAUUGGUGAGGUUUGCAAACAACUUUGUAAGAUAGUGCAGGCAGUUCAUAAUUUUAUUUUGAAGGUUGGCAGCUCAGGAAGUAAGAUCUAGGAGUUGCAUUUGAGAAUGUGAAGAGUGUUUAGUAUAAAUAAUAUGAUGAAAUUAGCAUUA